GUUGGCUUGUCUCUGACUGGCAUACGUGUUGUGUACAAUGUGUGAAUUGGAGUGAUUCAGGGGUGUUGCACCUCGCAGAGAGGAAAUCGUCCAAAACAAUACCGAAGACGUGAACACAUCAAAAGUGACACAAAUGCUGGCGAGUGAUGGAGAUUCACGCGAAGGAUAACAGUGCACAAAACUGCACUUUCCAAAGAAGAACUGGGCCUUUCACGUUAACCCAACACCUGUGCGGCCACCAUUACAAGUAUAUAAGGAUUUGACAUAUGAAUAUGUCGCUUAUGUUUUAAUGUUGCAUUAAUCAGUGUGAAAACAUUAAAAGCAUCUACUUUUUACUGAUAUUAGAAGAAGAGAAAUGAAAUGAUGGUGGCUCUACACACUCUGAAAUAUUGCUUCAUACUUAUAAGCAUUACAUUGUCGAUGCUGUGUUUGGUUUUGAUUCUAAAUCAGCCUAUUCCAUAUUCAGAAAGGUACAUUUUCAAUCAUACUGAAUUACACAACAGGACUCAGGAAAACACGUCAGCUGAACAUCUUAACAUCACUUCACCAUCCUUCAACAACAUCACACUUUCUGAUGAAGUCGUCAAGAAGGUGUUUUCAAGAUGGCGAACGACCAGACCACGUGACAAUAUUUUGACAGUGACAUUCUAUGGUCGCCUUGGAAAUAAUAUGUUUGAAUAUGCCUCAUUGCUUGGCAUUGCUGCAAGAACAAGAAAACAGCCCCUUGUUCCAAAUUCCAAUCCACUCAGUAAACUUUUCAAUAUAUCCUUCAUUGGUGACGUCAGCAAUAAGUCUUGGACUCAUCUAACCGAGAGGCAAUAUGGCACCUUUGACUGCAAGCUCUUUACACUGCCUGGUGGAAAUGUUGAAAUAUCGCGGUAUUUGCAAUCAUGGAAGUAUUUCCACUCGAUCAGGUCGUCAAUAAGAAAAGAGUUUAUCUUCACUCAAAAAUAUAUCGAUCUCAGUUCUCAAUGUUUUCAGAAACACACUAUUCAGUAUAAAAACAGAACGGUGAUCGGGAUUCAUGUUCGUCGGACAGACAUGGCUUCUGGGGGAACAAGAGGCUAUCUGGCCGCACCUUUAUCGUAUAUUCAGAAAGCUAUUGCACAUAUGAAAACAAAGUUUCAUAAUCCAGUUUUCCUUAUAGCUACCGAUGACAAGAUAUGGUGUAGAGCAAAUGUAGUGUCCACGGAUAUCAUACUCAUGGACAACACAGAUCCAUUUUUAGACUUUGCGACCUUGACCUUGUGUGACCAUAUGAUAAUGACAGUGGGGACAUUUGGAUGGUGGGCCGCGUGGCUGGCAGGCGGGUAUGCUGUUUAUUAUAAGGAUUUUCCCAGAUCAGGAUCAGAGUUAGCUAGAGGUAUAAAAAAUGAAGACCAUUUUCUGCCACACUGGGUUCCCAUUGGUGCUUGAAUUUGAAAUAUUUUGGUGCCAUCCGAAUUGCUUGAAUUGAUUCAUAGUAUUAUCAAUGCGAUAUACCAAUCCGAUAAACUUGUUAUCACGCUCUGAUAACAUGCAUAUGAGGUCAUCUGCCAGGAACUAAACUCAUGUCCAAAAGAAACGAUGCCAAGUGUUCGAAAGGUUAUGGAAGAAAAACAAAACCACACAGAAAAUUCAUAUUGGUAUAUUUCAUUAGAGUAAUCUUUUAACAUCAUGUGUACAAAAAUUCGUUUUAAUCAUAUUUUAACGUUUGUGUUGGUGUUGUGUUCCUAACGUGCCGGGGCAACAGUUUUAACAGUAGAUCUGCACGUGGAUUUCGUGCUACGGCACAUGACAUCGUUUUAGCAAAGUGUACGUUUUUCACACAAAUUGUCAAAUUUUCCGGUUUUUUUCCCACCGAUCACAUUUGGCUUGGUACGUGGGGUAUGUUUAAAUAUGUUUCAUAUAAAGUAAAUCACUUAUAACUCAAAAUGAAUUAAAAAUAGUUGGUAUCGUUAUUUUUGGACAUUAGUUUACUUUCAAGCUCCGUACAUCGAUGCGCUGCCUUCUUUCUCAAUAUAGUGUCACCUUGCUUCUAUAGACAAGCUUGUCGCAAUAUGAGCAGUUAUGUGUUCACUCAAAAACCAAAUGUCGCAAAACGAAAAUAUACUCAAAAUACUGACUGUAAGUUUAAAGUCAAUAAACGUUCGGUUAUGUAAUUUCCUAAUGCACGGUCUUAUUCUGUGAUAUUGCUGGAAAAAUGCUUAAAGCGGCGUAAAAUCAUACUCACUCACUUAUUCUGUGGCAUGAUUCAU